AUGUUGCUGCUGCUUUGUGCGACCGUUCUGUCCCUUUGUCGCAUAGCUUUGGCGACACCAUACAAUGGCAGCUGCGCGGCCCCCAACAAUGGCACGGCGAACGCCCCGACACCACUCGACGGCUUCCUAGGGGCCAACUCCACAGGCUCUGCCAACUUUACCGUCCCCAAGAUUACAGGCGACACCCUGUGGCAUGUAUUUCUUGCGCUGAAAGACAAUGGCGGGCAAGAGGUGGGCAUGUGGCUGGCGAUUCCCCAACAAGCUUUCGGGAAUAACUCGCGAAAGUACAUGCAUCUCUGCGCAUACGCCCUCGAUGGCGCAUUCGGAAGCCCAAAGGCGGGGACAGGCAACGAGACCUGCGACGGCCUCGUCUCGGAGUCGUGCACCGCGGGCAUCUUUCGUUCUGUGGACUUUGGGCCGACCGGAGACUGCACGGCCCCGGGCUUAAACCAAUACUGCAACACACAGAGUUGGCAUGCAUCUUCUAUCAAGUUGGCCACAGGCAUGUCCUGUCUGGAGACCAGCAUCCCGGGCGUAGACGUACCAGACGGGUACAUGGUUGCGUCGCUCGGCGCGGCUCGCACUAUGAGCACUGUUGAUGAGGGACACGAGGCGUACGAUACAUUGGUGCAGACUGCGCGGCCUCUGGUGCUUGAGUUUGUCCAGUACACAGACUUGGGCACGUAUUCGUACACGGCUGAUCUUGUCGAGACGCAGCGAAUAUGCGCGGCUCCAAGUGAAAUCAGAAAAGGCAGUAGAGUGCCGUCCGACGCCCAAUCGAUGGGCCAAAGCGUGAAGCAGCGUGGUCGUGGUCCCCUGUUGGCUCCUCUGGCGUUGACGCUGUUUGUACUUAUUUAG